CAGAACGAUACAGUAUUGGAAAGAUCGAACUGUCUCCAGCCCGUACCCUAUAUAAAAUUUUGCAGUGAUAAGAUAAGAUCUACAGGCUACUCAAACCCCUUCACCCCAGGCACAUACCCUCUCUAUUGAAAUACAUUAAUAUUAUCCACCCUCAGUACUUGCUCAAACCUGACAUAAGACAACUACACAUCCUCUACCACGCAAAGCCACCUUCCCAUCAUAACUACAAUUAUUUAUUUGUUUCUAUUUUCUACCAAACAACUAUUCCAGGUAAACCCCAGUACACCCUAAGCCUCCUAUCUAUACAAUCCCUCCACCACUAACACUACUCCAGACUUCAUGAUGUGUCGCAUGAUCACGCUCCAUUUCGGCUGCCUCCACAUCCGCGAACACACCUGUCCCUCCAGUCAGGCGUGCAACACCCUCGACCUAGGCUCUCCCGAGGCCAUCAGCCACGAGACCGUUUACCGCUUCGUUCGCAUCAAUUCCGAGUGCUGGGAUUGCGCUGGCAACAGGGCUAAAAGGCUUAAAACCAAUCCGUAUGACUUGUUCGGGACCGGCUGUGGCGAGGAACAGGACGGUGAAAACGACUCUGAGGCUAUGGCUAUUGUGAGUUGCUUUUUUUUUUCUCCUCUAAUACCGAGGGCUGACCUGUUGAUGGUUUGCAAUGGUAGGAUGGAUAGUUGCAGUGGUCCGCUAACAGCACUGGCUCAACCCCCCGUUUAAAGUAUGA